AUGUCCCCGAACUCGCAGACUCUGCAGACUCGGGGGUCCUGGGCGGAGAGACCUGGAGAUGGGACCCAGGAGACCUGGACGAGGCCGAGCCGCUUCCCGGCCACUUGGGUUUCCACUCCCGGUGGCCGGCAGGGGGCGCACGAGGGCCUCGGGCCCCGCUGGCCAGGCGGGUCCCAGGGCGGGAGGGGCGCUUUGGCAACUUUUUGGUUGGCUGCUGCGCGGAUGCGAACGGCCCAGGGCCCUUUUAAAGUUGAUCUCCCAGGCGCCCUCUCUUUUCGGUCGCAGCACGUUGCUCGCUCUGAGAGACUCUUACUACCUUUUCAGUACGAGGAAGCUGAAUGGGACAUCAAUUUUACUGGCUCAGUGGUGCUCAAGAUCCUGAAGAACUUAAGAUCUUGGUCUCUGGUGGCCUUUGGGGGUCCCGAACUCCAGCAUAUCAUUGGGAGCUCCCUUAUAAGCCUACCCAGAUACCUCGAUCAAGAGGUGAUGAAAACCCGGUUGGCCAACAUUUUUCUGGCAAAAGAGGUCGAUUCUGGGCCAGGAACCCUGGAACCUACCCGACUGUCCACCCCCACCCCUACCCCCCCCAUCCAGUCCUCCUCGGAAUCCGCGCCCCCUCCCUAUGUGCCCCCCAACCAGCUGGAUGAGGGGGGUGCAGGGGGAGGAGCAGAAAGAGCAGAAGGAGCACUGGAAGGACCAGCAGGGGAAACCCAAGGCCUACCUGGGAUGAUUGCCAACAACUGCUCAGCAUCCUCUUCACCACGGAARAAAGGGAAAGAAUCCAGACUUCAGACAGAGGCCGGGAAACUGGUCCCUGGAGAUGACGCCAAYCCUGACUUGAUUAAUGCUACUUUUCCCUUGAGUAGGCCGCCUGCAGCCAAGUGGGACCACAACACGGCAGAAGCAGGAAUAACCCCCCAUAUUCAGCAAUCAAUCAAUGGACAGCUAACAUGGACCAGACUCCCACAUGGCUUCAAGAAUUCUCCUACUAUCCUCGAUAAAGCACUCCAUGAGGACCUAGGUGAGUUCUGGGAGAAGCACCCUGAGCCAACUCUCUUACAGUAUGUAGAUGAUUUGUCGAUUGCAGCCCAGACCAGCGAAGGGUGCCUAAAAGGGACCGGAUACCUGUCAGAUCUGGGGGACCUAGGUUACUGAGCCUCAGCCAACCAAGAAAGCUCAAAAAUCUGCAAGCCUGAAGUGACAUACCUAGGGUAUCUGUUAAAAGAUAGGCAAUGCUGGCUAACACAGGCCAGGAAAGAGACAGUUUUAAAAAUCCCUGUACCCCAGACCCCAAGGCAAGUGAGGGAGUUUCUGGGAUCUGCUGGCUUUUGCAGGCUGUGGAUACUUGGGUUUGCUGAAUUACCCAGGCCUCUGUGCGAAGGCACGAAUGCAACUCAGCCCUUCCAGUGGACUGAGGAGAUGGGCAGAGCCUUCAAUCAAAUUAAGACUGCAUUGCUAUCCGCACCAGCUCUAGGGCUACCUGAUGUCACGAAACCAUUCUAUCUGUACAUUGAUGAGCGCAAGGGGGUUGCUAAAGGGGUCUUGACCCAGUAUCUGGGUCCCUGGAAGAGGCCAGUGGCCUACUUGUCAAAAAGGCUGGACCCUGUGGUGGCCAGCUGGCCACCUUGCUUGAGGAUGAUAGCUGCCACUGCCCUAAUGAUAAAGGAUGCCAACAAACUAACCUUAGGACAAGAGCUAUAUAUCACCACCACCCCCCAUGCCAUCGAAGGAAUCCUAAAGCAACCCCCAGACCGGUGGCUAAGAAACACCCGGCUCACCCAUUAUCAAGGGCUGUUACUUAACCUUCUCAGAAUUACCUUUUAGGCAUCCUCAGCUCUCAACCCCACAACCCUGCUACCCGACCCCGACUUGGAGGCUCCCUUGCAUGACUGUGCACAGAUCCUAGCACAGGUCCCCAGCAUCAGAGAAGACCUCCAGGACCAGCCAUUGCCGGAUGCAGAGCUUGGAUGCAUCCUGUUCACGRAUGGGAGCAGCUUCAUUCAACAAGGAACAUCAGCCCAGAAAGCUGAACUGAUAGCCUUGACCCAAGCACUAACGCUAGGAAAAGACAAAAAGCUGACUGUGUACACCGAUAGCCGGGUAUGGAAUUCCCCUUAUAAGUUAGGAGCCACUCCCUUUGAAAUUAUGUUUGGCAUACCCCCUCCCAUAAUCCCCUGCUUGUCUGAGCACCUGCUUGUAGAAUUUGAUGACUCUGACCUCUUACAUUCCCUAAAAGCCCAGCAACAAGCCCACCAGGACGAGUGGUCCCACCUCAAAGCUCUGUAUGAAACAAGACCCCCUCCUCAGCCACACAGCUUCCGUUCCGGAGACUGGGUCUACAUAAAGAGACAUCAACAGGAAUCACUGCAACCUCACUGGAAGGGACCAUAYGUGGUGAUCCUCACAACGCCCACCGCUCUCAAGGUCAACGGGAUUGCCAUCUGGAUCCACUACUCUCAUGCAAAGCCAGCGGGCUUGUUCUCUGUGAGGAGCGACUUCAUUCCGGAUUCGAAUUCCAAGUGGCAAGUUACUCGUCAUAAGGACAAUUUUCUUCAUUGUUUAGACCCUAGUUAG